AAGCUCCCCCAAAACCUGAGGAGAGCCCCGCGGAGGCGUUCGGAGACUCGUCGCUCUUCGCUCGCUGGGGACAGGAGCUGAGCCCCGAGGAGAGACGUGUGGCAUUCAAACAGUUCCAGUACUAUGGCUACAACGCCUACCUGAGCGACAGGCUGCCCCUGGCCAGGGCCCUGCCCGACCUGCGGCCCAGCGGGUGCAGGAACCUGACGUUCCCCGACAGCCUCCCUGAGGUCAGCAUCGUGUUCAUCUUUGUGAACGAAGCUCUCUCGGUGAUCCUGCGCUCCAUCCGUUCCGCCAUCGACCGCACUCCUGCUCACCUGCUCAAGGAGAUCAUUUUAGUGGAUGACAACAGCAACAAUGAGGAGCUGAAGGAGAAGCUGCAGCAGUAUGUUGAGGAGGUGAAUGCACACAGACCUGGUUUCAUCAAGGUGGUUCGGCACAGCAGGCAGGAGGGGCUGAUCCGCUCCCGCGUGAGCGGCUGGAGAGCAGCCACGGCGCCCGUGGUCGCUCUCUUCGAUGCCCACGUGGAGUUCAAUGUGGGAUGGGCUGAACCAGUGCUCGCUAGGAUAAAAGAAAACAGAAAAAGAGUAAUUUGUCCUUCGUUUGAUAACAUUAAGUAUGACAAUUUUGAAAUCGAGGAGUAUCCUCUCUCAGCACAGGGGUUUGACUGGGAGCUGUGGUGCCGAUACCUGAACCCUCCCCAGUCAUGGUGGAAACUGGAGAACACAACUGCUCCAAUAAGAAGUCCUGCAUUGAUUGGAUGCUUCAUAGUAGACAGAGAAUAUUUCCAAGAGAUUGGAUUGCUGGAUGAAGGCAUGGAAGUAUAUGGAGGAGAGAACGUGGAGCUCGGAAUCAGGGUCUGGCAGUGUGGAGGCAGUGUUGAAGUGCUGCCUUGCUCCAGGGUUGCCCACAUUGAAAGGGCACACAAGCCAUACACAGAGGAUCUAACUGCUCACGUCCGGAGAAACGCACUGAGGGUGGCUGAGGUCUGGAUGGAUGAGUUUAAGAGCCACGUCUAUAUGGCAUGGAACAUACCCCAGGAGGACUCUGGCAUCGACAUCGGGGACAUUGCGGAGCGAAAGGCCUUGAGGAAGAAGCUGCAGUGCAAAACCUUCCGCUGGUAUCUCGUCAACGUGUACCCAGAGAUGAGGAUGUACUCGGACAUCGUUGCCUAUGGGGUGCUGCAGAAUUCCAUGAAGAGUGAUUUGUGCCUUGAUCAAGGGCCAGACACAGAUAAUAUCCCAAUCAUGUACCUCUGCCAUGGAAUGACCCCACAGAAUGUUUAUUACACGAGCAGCCAGGAGCUCCACGUGGGGGUGCUGAGCCCCACGGUCGACGACAACGACAACCGCUGCCUGGUGGAUGUCAACAGCAGGCCCAGGCUCAUCGAAUGCAGCUAUGCCAAAGCCAAGAGAAUGAAGCUUUACUGGCAAUUUACUCAGGGAGGUCCUAUCCAGAACCGAAAAUCCAAGCGCUGCCUGGAGCUGCAGGAGAACAGUGAAAACGAGUUUGGAUUUCAGCUGGUCCUUCAGAAAUGCACUGGGCAGCGCUGGUCUAUCACAAAUGUCCUGAGAAACUUGCCAACGUAGCAGACUAGAUUUUGUACCCAUUUCUUCUGCUACCGUGUAGCAAAUCCUGCAUUGGCGCCUGCUGUACUGGAUCCCUCUUGCUCCCCAUCCCUCCCAUCCCUCCCCUCCUCCUUUUUGUCUGAUUUGAUUUUGUGAGUGUGUAGAAAUUGGGUUUGUGGGCUGAAAUCAAGACAUUUUUAAUUCUCGAUGAUGUUUUCACAGCAUUUAUAGAGACAUUGAGUGAGAGGUGAUGGGUAGGCUAUCCUAAAAUAUUUUACAGCUGUAAAUAGGGAACAAAUGGAGAAUAUUUAUAACUCAAAAUUUUAUUGAAUAAAAAAGUCCAAACGCUAUUAC